CAGGUUACCCCUGUAGUCGACGGCGAUGGGAGGCGCGUUCCCUUCGGCGAUGGAUUUGCCUACAGAACGCCAGAUGGAACGGUCAUCACGGUGAUAUUUCAAGAAUGUGAAACUAAUACGUCAUCUGCCAUGGAGGCAACGCCUACGGACCUCGGCGUCGCACCGAUGGAGGAGCGAUCCAGAUCCCCCGAGGAUGAACUCUGGAGUGUUCGGAGGACCCGGUUCCUCAUUUUGAAAUAUAAAGAGCUGAAUCCUCUCGUCGGGAAAAAAGGCGGCCUUAAGACAAAAAAGGCCAUGUGGCAAGAAAUUGCUCGUAUGAUCAACACAGAGUUCUCAGUUGUGAUAACUGAGCUGCAGGUGCAGAAUAAAUGGAAGAGCCUUGAACGAUCAUAUAAGAAGACAAAAAUAAAAAACAAUUCAUCGGGGCACUCGACGGCUUUGUGUGAAUAUGAAGAACAGCUAAGUGAUGUUCUUGAAAAAGAACACCACAUCACACCGACAGUGCUGAUGAAGCCUGGAGGAACAAUUGAGAAAGACAGCAGCAUGUCUCCCGGCGCUGAUGACGGCACUGACAUGGAGCCAGAAUUGUCAACGGGCAAACCCCUGACAAGGCCUGCGUCAGCUGCAGGUGUGAAUGCACACCCUAAGGAUGCCUUGCGAAGAAAAAAGGACAGCACAUCGCUGAAUGCCCUCUUAAGAGAAUUUAAGGAGGCGAAGGAAGAGCGGGCCGAACGCUUUGAUAGGAAAAUGGCUUUGUUAGAGCGGCUGGUUACAGCUGUGGAGAAAGUUGCCACAACGGCUCCUGAAUAAAAAUUUUCAAAAAAGAAAACGUGUGUGUGUGUUGUGUAUUAUCACCACGCAACACAAGACAACCAUACAAAGUAGCCUGGGGCUUGCAGGCCCCAAACGUCUCGAUUCUUUAUCUUUCACAAACAUUGUCUCAGAAAGUAUAUUUGCAGCAUUACAGAGUGAAGCAAAACUUAUCUGCAUAAGUACUGCUAGCGGCACAAGGAUAUGCAAUUUUAGCACUGCUUUUCGGCAAUUGCCUUUCGCAGGCACUCACUGUAGCCUGCCACACUGCAGUCAACAACAUUGCCACUGUCCUCAUCGUUUCCGACUUCCUCCAAAUCCGGGAGUACCUGCAGA